GAGAAGGAGGAGGACUGUAUCCCUGCGCCUGUGCGCGCCCGGCGGAGGGGUGGAUGGGGGAAGGACCGCGGCGGUCGCGGUGAGGCGGCGGCAGCGGCCGGCAUGGAGGGCAGCGCCCGCUCCCGCGGCGGCACGCCGGGGCCAGUGGCCUGCUAGGGACCGGCGAGGGGGGAUCUCCGCGGCCGCCCUUCCCCGCCUCCCGCCCUCCCCUUCCCCGCCGCCUCCCCCGCCCGCCUGGAAGCAUGAACUGGCAGCGGAGGUGCUGCUCCCCGCCGCCGCCUCCCCGCCGGUGAGAGCGAGGAGGGAGGGAAGAUGGGGGCCGUCCUGCGCAGCCUACUCGCCUGCAGUUUUUGUUCCCUGAUGCGAGCCGCCCCGCUGCUGCUGUACGCGAACCGCCGGGAUCUGCGGCUGGUGGACGCUGCCCACGGCAAGGAGAACGCCACGGUGAUCGUGGGGGGCCUGGAGGACGCGGCCGCCGUGGACUUCGUGUUCCUCAAGGGCUUGAUUUACUGGAGCGACGUCAGCGAGGAAGCCAUCAAACGGACAGAGUUCAAUAGAUCCGGGAGCGUACAAAACGUGGUCGUUUCUGGACUUCUGUCGCCCGACGGGCUGGCCUGUGACUGGCUGGGAGAGAAGCUCUACUGGACAGAUUCGGAGACAAAUCGCAUCGAGGUUUCUAACUUAGAUGGAUCGCUGAGGAAAGUUUUAUUUUGGCAAGAAUUGGAUCAACCCAGAGCAAUUGCCUUAGAUCCUGCAAGAGGGUUCAUGUACUGGACAGACUGGGGAGAAGCACCAAAGAUAGAACGAGCUGGCAUGGAUGGUUCAAGCCGCUCCAUCAUCGUUAACACGGACAUUUAUUGGCCAAACGGACUGACGUUGGAUUAUGAGGAACAGAAGCUCUAUUGGGCAGAUGCUAAACUGAAUUUCAUCCACAAAUCAAAUCUGGAUGGAAGUCAUAGGCAAGCAGUGGUUAAAGGCUCCCUUCCACAUCCCUUUGCUUUGACACUGUUUGGGGACACGUUGUACUGGACUGACUGGAACACACAUUCCAUCUUGGCCUGCAGCAAGUACUCCGGGGAGGACCUGCGUGAAAUCCAUUCCAACAUCUUCUCUCCCAUGGAUAUCCAUGCCUUCAGCCAGAAGAGGCAGCCAAAUGCUACAAACCCAUGUGGAACUAAUAAUGGUGGCUGCUCCCACUUGUGUUUGAUGUCUCCUACCAAGCCCUCUUAUCAGUGUGCAUGUCCCACUGGUGUGAAACUUCUUGAGAAUGGAAAGACCUGCAAAGAUGGUGCCACCGCGCUGCUGCUCCUGGCCCGCCGGACGGACCUGAGGCGUAUUUCCUUGGACACGCCCGAUUUCACGGACAUUGUGCUGCCGCUGGAGGACAUCCGCCACGCCAUCGCCAUCGACUUUGACCCUCUGGAAGGAUACAUCUACUGGACGGACGACGAAGUGAGGGCCAUCCGCCGCUCCUUCCUCGACGGCUCGGGCAGCCAGUUCGUGGUCACGGCGCAGAUCGCGCACCCCGACGGCAUCGCCGUGGACUGGGUGGCCCGCAACCUGUACUGGACGGACACCGGCACGGACCGCAUCGAAGUCACCAGGCUGAAUGGGACCAUGAGGAAAAUCUUGAUAUCAGAAGACCUGGAAGAACCCAGAGCUAUUGUGCUGGAUCCCAUGGUUGGGUACAUGUACUGGACUGACUGGGGAGAAAUCCCAAAGAUUGAGAGGGCAGCACUGGAUGGCUCAGACAGAAUUGUGCUGGUGAACACCUCGCUUGGCUGGCCAAAUGGGUUGGCACUGGAUUAUGCAGAAAGCAAAAUAUACUGGGGAGAUGCCAAAACAGACAAAAUAGAGGUCAUGAAUGCUGAUGGAACUGGCAGGAGAGUGCUGGUGGAGGACAAGCUGCCUCAUAUAUUUGGAUUCACUCUGUUGGGAGACUACAUUUACUGGACAGACUGGCAGAGGCGCAGCAUUGAGCGCGUGCACAAGUGCACAGCAGAGAGAGAGAUCAUCAUCGAUCAGCUGCCCGAUCUGAUGGGCCUGAAAGCCACCAACGUCCACCAGAUCAUCGGUACAAACCCCUGUGCAGAAGACAACGGCGGCUGCAGCCACCUGUGUCUGUACCGACCACAAGGCCUUCGCUGCGCCUGCCCCAUCGGCCUGGAGCUCAUCAGUGACAUGAAGACCUGCAUCGUGCCUGAGGCUUUCCUGCUCUUCUCCAGGAGAGCAGACAUCAGGCGCAUCUCCCUUGAAACCAACAAUAACAACGUUGCUAUUCCGCUCACUGGAGUCAAGGAAGCUUCUGCUCUGGAUUUUGAUGUGACAGACAAUCGCAUUUACUGGACUGACAUUUCACUGAAGACCAUCAGCAGAGCGUUUAUGAAUGGCAGCGCGCUGGAACACGUCGUGGAGUUCGGCUUGGAUUAUCCCGAGGGCAUGGCUGUGGACUGGCUGGGGAAGAACUUGUACUGGGCUGACACUGGCACCAACCGGAUCGAGGUGUCCAAGCUGGACGGGCAGCACCGCCAGGUGCUCGUGUGGAAAGAUCUCGACAGUCCCCGGGCACUGGCACUCGACCCUGCUGAGGGGUUCAUGUACUGGACUGAGUGGGGUGGCAAGCCAAAGAUUGACAGAGCUGCUAUGGAUGGCAGUGAGAGGACCACGCUGGUCCCAAACGUGGGACGUGCUAACGGGCUGACCAUUGACUACGCCAAGAGGCGCCUGUACUGGACCGACCUGGACACCAACCUGAUAGAGUCCUCCAACAUGUUAGGCCUGGACCGUGAGAUCAUAGCUGAUGAUUUGCCUCACCCCUUUGGCCUGACCCAGUACCAGGAUUACAUUUACUGGACAGACUGGAGCCGGCGCAGCAUCGAACGGGCCAACAAGACCAGCGGCCAGAACCGAACCAUCAUCCAGGGCCACCUGGAUUACGUGAUGGACAUCCUGGUCUUCCACUCCUCCCGGCAGGCGGGCUGGAACGAGUGUGCCUCCAGCAAUGGGCACUGCUCUCACCUGUGCCUGGCAGUGCCCGUGGGAGGCUUUGUCUGUGGCUGCCCAGCUCACUAUUCCUUGAACUCCGACAACAGGACCUGCAGUGCUCCUACCACCUUUCUGUUGUUCAGCCAGAAGAACGCCAUCAAUCGCAUGGUGAUAGACGAGCAGCAGAGCCCAGAUAUCAUCCUGCCCAUCCACAGCCUGCGCAACGUGCGCGCCAUUGACUACGACCCCCUGGACAAGCAGCUCUACUGGAUUGACUCCCGGCAGAACAUCAUCCGCAAGGCACAGGAAGAUGGCAGCCAGAGCCUCACUGUUGUGACAAGUCCAGUUCCCAAUCAGAACCUGGAUAUGCAGCCCUACGACCUGAGCAUUGACAUCUACAGCCGCUACAUCUACUGGACCUGUGAGGCCACCAACGUCAUCAACGUGACUCGCCUGGAUGGGAGACCCAUGGGAGUGGUGCUCAAGGGGGAUCAGGAUAGGCCCAGAGCCAUUGUGGUGAAUCCAGAGAAAGGAUACAUGUAUUUCACCAACCUCCAGGAGAGAUCUCCUAAAAUUGAGAGAGCAGCAUUGGAUGGAACUGAGCGAGAAGUCCUUUUUUUCAGUGGUUUGAGCAAGCCCAUCGCCUUAGCUGUUGACAGCCAGCUGGGCAAGUUGUUCUGGGCUGACUCAGAUCUGCGCAGAAUUGAAAGCAGUGACCUUUCAGGUGCUAACCGGAUCGUUUUGGAAGACUCCAAUAUCUUGCAGCCUGUGGGACUAACUGUCUUUGAGAACUGGCUGUACUGGAUUGACAGGCAGCAGCAGAUGAUCGAGAAGAUCGAUAUGACCGGUCGAGAAGGACGUACAAAGGUCCAGGCUCGUAUUGCACAACUCAGUGACAUCCAUGCCGUGAAGGAACUCAACCUGCAGGAAUACAGACAACAUCCGUGCUCUCAGGAUAAUGGUGGCUGCUCCCACAUUUGCAUCGUGAAGGGGGACGGCUCCACGCGCUGCUCUUGCCCCGUGCACCUGGUGCUGCUGCAGGAUGAGUUGUCCUGUGGAGAACCACCAACGUGCUCCCCUCAGCAGUUCACCUGUUUCACAGGUGAGAUUGACUGCAUCCCGGUGGCCUGGCGCUGCGAUGGGUUCACCGAGUGUGAGGACCACAGCGACGAGAAGAACUGCCCGGUGUGCUCUGACAGCCAGUUCCAGUGUGAGAGCGGGCAGUGCAUCGACAGUGCCCUGCGCUGCAACGGGGAAGCCAACUGCCAGGACAACUCGGACGAGAAGAACUGCGAAGUGCUGUGCUUAACGGAUCAGUUCCGCUGUGCCAGCGGGCAGUGCAUCGGGAAAAGCAAGAAGUGUGAUCACAACCUGGACUGCACUGACAGCUCUGACGAGCAAGGAUGUUACACAACGGAGGAACCUGCACCACAGCCCAACAACACCAUAGGCUCCAUCAUUGGUGUGAUCCUUACAGUCUUUGUGGUGGGAGCAAUGUACUUCAUCUGCCAGAGGGUGCUGUGCCCACGCAUGAAGGGCGACGGGGAAACCAUGACCAAUGACUACGUGGUGCACGGGCCAGCCUCGGUACCUCUGGGCUACGUGCCUCACCCGAGCUCUCUGUCAGGGUCUCUCCCUGGUAUGUCUCGAGGUAAAUCUGUCAUCAGCUCCCUCAGCAUUAUGGGAGGGAGCAGUGGCCCACCCUAUGACAGGGCCCAUGUUACAGGAGCCUCCUCCAGCAGUUCUUCAAGUACCAAAGGCACUUACUUUCCUCCAAUUUUGAACCCACCACCAUCACCAGCUACUGAACGUUCACACUAUACCAUGGAAUUUGGUUAUUCUUCAAACAGCCCAUCCACUCAUAGAUCCUACAGCUACCGGCCCUACAGCUACCGGCACUUCGCGCCGCCCACGACGCCCUGCAGCACGGACGUGUGCGACAGCGACUACGGCCCGAGCCGCCGCCUGCCCGCGGCCGCCGCCAAGGGCUACACCAGCGACCUCAACUACGACUCGGAGCCGGUGCCGCCGCCGCCCACGCCGCGCAGCCAGUACCUGUCGGCCGAGGAGAACUGCGAGAGCUGCCCGCCGUCGCCGUACACCGAGCGCAGCUACUCGCACCACCUGUACCCGCCGCCGCCGUCGCCCUGCACCGACUCGUCCUGAGGCGCAGCCCCCCGCCCCGCGCCCGCCGCCCGCGCUGUAAAUACCAGAGGGUCCGCUGGGGACGGGGGGAGGGAGCCCAGGGGCAGCACAGUGUACAGUUAAAUGUGGGGCGGAGGAGCACUGAAGAUAUUUGUACAGAAGAAUUUAAAAAAAAAAAAAAAGGGGGGAAAAGAAAAAAAAAAAAAAAGGAUAUUUAUAUAUUUUCUUAAACGGCAGCUGCUGCUUGUGCCAUAAGAAGAAAAAUUUUUGUAUAAAAGAACCCAGACGUUUGUACAAAAAGUUUUUAUUUUUGCAAAUGGAACACGAAAACAUGCCUUAAUCCAGUGAAGUGACUGAGCACAUAAGGAAAUGGAAGGACUGGGAUGUUUCUUGUCCAGCGAGGUGAUACGUGGGUUUUGUCAAUACCAAAAAUGUUUAAAGUAAUUAAUAAUAAAGAAGUCCGUCUCGGAGCAGCAUACCAUAGAUACUUGGAAGUAGCCAAAUAACCUCUAUGUUAACUGCAGAGGGCCAGCAACUAAAGUUAAACUUGAAAAUGCAGUCAGGACAGAUAUUAACCUUACACAAAGGGCUUUGUUUUCUACAGGAAUACAGCAGUCGUAGCAGUGAAUCCAGAAAAUCAAUUGCACACUUUUUUAAAUGAAUACACCUGUUUUUCCUUAAUGCAUUUAACAAAUGAGAGCGUUUCAAGCUUUCUCCCUGCUUCUGGAAUUUCAGUUAUUUUUGUUGGGUGUAUCUCAAAAUUUGGUUUUUAAUCCCAGUUAGGUUUUCUUGUAUUUUCUUCAUCCUUUCUUCCUGCCCAUGUCACUUAAAUUCAUGAUAUUUGUAUUUAAAAUACUGCUAGAACUGGGCUGCUGUAAAUGCCGGGUUUUCUCCUAAUUAGCCUUGUCAUGCAGUGGUUAUCAUGCUAUACAUUACCCUCCUCAUUUUGCCAGCAUGCCAGGACUCUGUUUUUUACCAGGUCAGUACAAUUCUCACAUCAUUGACAAGGGUAAUAUGCAUAUACCUGAAUGAUUUUUAGUCCCUUAAAAAAGAAAAUCUUAUUUUGACCUAGUGCCCACAAAAUGUCAAAUAUUUUUAUACCACAUAUAAUAUAGACAGCAUAUUUAUAAUCUAUAAAUUUAACCAUGGAUUGUUAGUUUUACUGUAAAUGAAUAAUAUAUCCUUGCAGUACUUUCAGUGUAUAUUGAUAUCGCAGUAUACAAAUCAUAUAUAAAAAUAUAUAUAUUAUUUUUUCCUAGUAAGGAAGCAUUUAACUUUCAGUGGAACAACUGUCCAUAAGAAAAGUAGAUGUUUUGAUCAUUGGAAGGGGUUCCCCUGCUGUAUUAACUGCUCGUGUUUUCUUUGUGUUAGGUAAAGCCAGUUUUUCUCAGUAUGAUUUUGACAUACCUCCUCUUUUGCGUGGUGUGAGUUUAAUACUUAAGUAUUAACCGCUGUGAAUGUCAAAUUUUAAGAUAUUCUUAACCAAACCAUUUUAUAUUCACAUCUCUAUUUUUGUAUAUUGUCAUAUUUAGCCCCUUCUCCCAUCAGCCUCACCAUGGUGAUUUUGACAGGGAGAUUAUUUAAUCAAGUGAAAACGUUAUUUGUGUAGUUUAAGGGGCAACCUAAGGAUAUUGUUAAGUCCUCUUGGACUCCAGUGCAGUGCUUAGAAUUUGUUUUGUUGCAGCAGAGCACACAGUAUACCUGGUCUUAGAUGGCAUUGUGCAUUUGCACCUUCUUCUGACAUCACAGCCACUGAAGGUGCUCAGUGCCUUCACAGACUGGCCCUCUGAGUCUUCUCUCUCAAAACAAAGGUCCUGGGAGCUCCUGCCUCCUCACCUUUGGGUAUGGAAUGGGGAUAGCAACUUUCCAGAGGCGCCUUUUGGGUUUUAUUGUUCUCUGUUGCUUCCUUCACAGCCAGUUUCACCUAAAAGAGAAGUUAUCUGAAAAUAUGGCAUGGGCUUGCAAUUGAUGCUGUUGACAAAAUUAGUGACAAGUUAUUCUUGCUAGCUGCCACUCAUCUGGAGUGCUGGAUCCUCAUUUGGUUUCAGCUCCAAGGAAAACUGUGUCAUUGGGAUUCCACCUGUAAUAAAGGGUUUUUCCUACUAGUCCAGAAUACCUGAGGAAUCUUUAAAAAGCCUUAGUGAUCUCCAGGCUCUUGCUGUUGGUCUCUGAAGAUGGUGUACUGAGGGGUUUUUUGCCCAGCUUCAUUCUAGGUUUCUAGGAAUUGUGGUAGCUGUUCUUCUGGCUCUUCCUUGCUGGUGGAGAAGCUUCCUUGUGUUGUCCAGCAGGGUGGAUGUUGAGGAGGGUGUUGUGAACUCCAAGGGAACUGAAAACCAUAUAUAUGAAGGGGGGGAGGGCGGGUGUGUCGGGCUGGGGGGUGAGGCUGGCACACCGAUGAGAAUUAGAAUUUCUCUGUUGUUUACAUUUUUUCAUGUGCAGCAUUCCGUGUGGGGUUCACAUGUGGAAACUUGCACUAAUGAACUCAGAAGAAUAUUGUAUUGUUGUAUCUCAGUCCAAGUGCUUGUACUGCAGUGGCAAUGGUCUCUUCUUGCAAAAUGCUUUUCUCAGUGUGCCAAUUUCUUUUUUGAAAAACUCCAGGAUGGUUGAGCUUAAGGAGUGGUAUCCUCUUUCUGGUGCAGCUGGACUGCCUCAGUGAGGCAUCCCCUUGGAGGGAGCUUCCUGCAGGUAAAUCCGUGUGUUAAUUAUAAGCAAGAAUUUGUUUAGAAGGAUGACGUUCUCUGCAUAUAGAUCGUGCUGCCUCCUGUGCUGGUUUACAUCCACAUAACCCAGCUGAAGUCAGCAGGGUUGCCAU